AGUGAUCAGAUUCAAGCAAAAGGGAAACUAAGACCAUUGACCGAAGAGCCGAAAGACCGAAUGAUUCAUCAAUAGAUCCCUGAGCCUUGAAUGAUUAAGAACGAAGUGAACGGUGAACGAAGUGAACGAAAUGAACGAAAUGAACGAAAUGAACGACAUUUGACGACCGGGUCUUCGUAAGGACCGAACGAUGAACGAUCCGUUCGUAGUGAGUGAUGACCGAAUCUGCCCAUCCAAUUUGGAAUUUCUGCAAGUUCAACGUGUUGGUUCAACUAUGUGUAUAGUUGGUUGCCUACAUGUGGCGUAACUAAUAGGGUGCAAACCAUAAGGCGAACACUAAAUAUUUUUUUCUGACACAACUUUUGAACGUAAGCAACGUGAUUAGGGGGUGAUGUAGAAGAGUUUUGCGCAAACAGUUUGUGCGAAAUCGUGAAGUGCCCUUUGUAAAAUUUCAACAAAAAAUGUCCCAGUUGAUACAAAUACACCAACCUGUACGCUUGGAAUGCUUGCCAUUUGCCAGUCCUUACCUUAAGGGGGCCCCCAAACUAAUAUGUAAUGACAGUAUUACAUACAUUAUACCCAAUUUCAUGAUUUUCUUUAUUAGCUAAUAAAGCGCACUUGAAAAUUGUGUUGUGCUGUUGUGUCAUUUUGUCGUGUGAUUAUUGUGCCGUCUGGCGUCUGUCAAAAAUCAGUGUAGUCAGUUGUCAAAACUAUAACCCCAAAUAGUAAAUAUUUCUUUUUCUGUUUUUAAUUUUUUACGUCAAGUAUAGAAGCUUGGAACUCCGAUUUACUUUUUAAUGACAAUGUAUUACAUAGUAAUAAGAGAAUCUCAACAAAAUGAUAUGCCCUUUAUUUCUGAACUGGUUAGAAAAGCAUAUCUCUCAAAUGUAUCGAAAGCUUUUGUAGCAGCUCUUUUUAACGAAGUAACGUUUCAAGCUAUUGUUUUAUUAGCAGCCUUUAUGUUUAUUUUUAUGGGAGUUCCUCUUCAGUAUUGCUUGUUUUCAAUACCGAUAGUUUUGAUUAUGCUGUACAUUUUAAUUUAUGGCACUAUUUUAAUGAAAGCAGCAGAAUCAACACAUAGUAAAAGGUCUUUGCAGUGUUGGGUGGCUGAAGCGUAUGAACCAUUUUUUUUUUCUGAUACACCACAAAAUUGUUUCUACAGAGUUGUUCCGGAAGAAAAAGUCGGCGAUGAAGGAAUAAAUGUUGGAAAUUAUAGAAAAACUAUAGUGGGUACUUGUGCUGUGAUGAAACACAAUUUAUCUGAAGAAUGGUCGUGGUUAUUUAGGUUAGCAGUGGAUGUACGAUAUCGUAAGAAAGGUAUAGGAUUAUUAUUAACUCAAACUGCGCAGAAUUGGAGUAGAAUUAAUAGAUUUAAUUAUAUGGAGCUAGUCAUCACGGAAUGCCAAGAAGAAGCUAGACAGUUAUUUGCGAAUGCAGGAUUUGAUAUCAAACAGAUGUAUCACAAAAGAUUAUUUACAAGUGUAUUCACUAUGCAAAUGUUUCAACUUAGAUCUGAAGUCAGAUCUACAUAUUAAGUUCUGCAGAUAAUGGAAUUUUGACGUGAUCAAUUGCGUCAUGUAACAGUAACAUAACAGGGUCAUCAAAAUUGAUUGAGAGAGUUUGUGAACCUGAACUUGAAUAAAUUUGGUUUAUUAA